GAUCUUUCGUUCGAUUAUAAACUGUCACCAAUUGCGAAGUUCACGAUCGAUCCCUUCCUGAACCUCGUGUACUGUAAAUGCAACGUUCGGAAUUGCUUUCGGAAAAUCCAACAUAAAUUUCCAAUGUCAAUGCUAACAAACUCGUCCUAAAUGUCGUCAUAAACACGAUGAGCCAUUCGAACAAUCCCGCCCAUCAACGAAAAAAAUCCGCAAAGUGCUGUCCGGCUACGACUCUUCCGCAUCACAAGCUUAAACGAAUUUCCUCGACCUCAACGUACAUAGUGGACGAUGAUGAUUGCGUGAGCCGGGUGAAAAGUGCCUCUUUAGAAAACACAAGUAUCUUGGUCCCCAGAGAUCGUCAGAGAGAUGUUAAUCAUAUCGACAGAAGGAUCGAUAAAACGACUUCUAAUACAGGAUUUAGUGGUAGAAAAUUUUGGAACUGUCAUACAAGACCGACAAACGUCUUCGUGCCGGAGAAUUCCGUAAUUCAAGAGGAAAGCGAGUUGAUCGGCGCGUUGACGAAACAAAUAUACAAGGUUGAAUCUCAAAUGCAAAAGGCGCAAUCCGAUUUAAAGAGGAGCGAAGAGCAGAUAAGAUUGAAGGAUCAGGAAAUUUACAAGAUGAAACGAAAGAUCAAGGACUGGGAGAUCAAGAACAAGAACCAGGAGAGUUUGCGAAAGAAGGAGCAGCAACAGCAACGAGUUCAAGCCGACCAGUCGGAAUAUCUCUACAGAAGGUGUCUGAUGCUCGAGCAGAGGAUCUUCGAGAUGGAGAAAUUCUUGGCCGAUUAUGGUCUGAUCUGGGUUGGCAACUCAACGAACUCCCCGAAGUAUCCUGAAACGAUCCUCAACAACACCAUCGAGACGUAUUACGACCAGAUUAUCGCAAAUAUCGACCAGCUGAACCUGGCCGCUGGGAAGGGUGAAGUUCACGUGCAACAUAACGAAAGAGGGAACGGAGCCUCGUUCAAAACUCCCUCUUGCAUGUCGCUAAAAUUCUACAAAAAUGGAAUGAUAGUUCAAGACGGCCCAUUACGAUCUUACGAGGAUCCAGCCACGACGUCAUUUCUUAAGGAUAUCUUGGACGGCUAUUUCCCUUCCGAGCUGCAAGAGGCUUAUCCAGAGGGCGUACCUUUUAAGGUGGAAGAUCACAGGAGCCAAUUGUUCUUGAACACGUCCGAGUUUCCUGGCCAAGGUUACCGAUUGGGAAAAGAGAGCCUUGCCAAUAACACGAUCAUCUCUAGAUCUCGUAGACCUCCUACCGUUAACCAGAGAAUGGCUCGUCGUGGCGCCCCCUCCAGAGAUAAUCUGACUAAUUUCGAUCCCAACGCGCAACUUUUGUCCCCCACAGCCAGCAAGUCCCAAAAAGCGAAAAGUCCCUCGGAAGGCCCCCCGUUGGAGAUGUACGUUCUACGUUCUCAGAUUUUAGCGUCUCACAAUAAUAUCUGUUCCGAUACCCACUUACAAUCCCAUAUCAAUGCAGAGUUGGGUUUGAGCACUCGAAAAGAUAAACGUGAGCCGAAUAAUAGAAACGGAGAAUACGAUCCGACGACUCGUGAAAGUGGUGCAAAGUCUAAAGGUGUUAUGAGAUUUCCAAGUUCUGGUAGAUGUUAUCACAGCUCCUCCGAUAGAUCGUCCAAAUUAUCACCCAAUCGAUUGGAUGGCGACGAUCGAUUCAGGCAGCGAUCGAGAUCUGCAAGUUUACCAAACUCUAGAUUUUCUAUUAAUUCGAGGUCAACACCGAGAGCGAAUAUUGAUGUUAAACAGUAUGCAACUCCUCAAAUCCAGUCUGGUGUAACGAGGAAGAGUCAACGUUCGACAAGAUCCGCUGUACCAGUCAGAAAGAAUGCACCUCCGAUUUUACAUCAGAUCAAUGAACCAUCGGGAAAAACGGGCGAGCUCCGAUUGAAAGUCAGAUCUCUGAAUGGCGGUACUGUCUAUUUGGUGCAUGUAUCUGCCGACGAACCAAUAGCUCGACUUUAUCAGUUGUUAGAUAAGGCUAUGUCAAGAACCGUUCCUCGAGGAUACAAAAUUGUUCUAAGCGGAUAUUCACCGAGAAGAUUGGAACAAUUAGGAAUAACUUUAAGAGAAAUUGGUAUUACUAGGGAUAGCGUUUUGCAUUUAGUGAACGAUUAAAUAUCAAAAGUAUAUCUAAUGAAUCUCCGAAUUUAUGUUGUUUAAGAAAAA